AUGCAAGGAACACUGACAGAGAAGGAGGAAGAUGUGGAGCGCGUGGCCCGGCAGGCUACAUCAUACUGCAUUCAGGAUGUUGAGCUGUAUCAAAAAUGGUCGAAUGAUGUUUCCUUGCGAUGUAUCUCCAGGGAGCAGGGGUGCGAGCCGUUAGCUGACAUACAUGGUGGGGACUGCGGGCAUCAUUUGUCGUCACGCACCUUGGUGGGCAAGGCGUUCCACAGUGAGUUCUACUGGCCCACGGCUCUCAGCGACGCAACCGAGCAGAUCUACUACGCUUCAGUAGCGCACACCGGGAGCAACGGCCAAGCUGAACGCACCAACGGGAAGGUCCUGAGAGGCCUCAAGACAAGAACCUUCAAGAAGAGGCUCAAGGCCUGCGGCAGAGGCUGGCACGACGAGCUCCAGGAGGGCAGCAGUUGCCUGACGCUCUCCCUCGUACGCCUUGCGCGGGGGCUGGGCAGGUGCGUGCUUGUGCUGGGCUAA